AUGACUUGUGCUAGAAUGAAGGAAUUCAACAAGAAAUUCAACACUUCGUUUCAAAUUUAUAAUCCCAAAAACAGACAUUUUCACCCCAGAGACAUUCACGAUGAAUUAGAUUGGGUUUUUUACUUACGCAACUCGCAUUUCUGUCUGAUUAGAAGAAGCCAAAAAAGUUUGGGAAUUCAAGAAAUAGAAGACAAUUACGAACAGGUGUGGAAAACGUGUAGAGACGAUAACGCAGUAACACAGGUUUCACCCCUUAAACUAAACGUGCUUUCGAGUAUGAGUGAUGAUGCGUUAUUCGCUUGGGAUUGCGAAACGUAUUCAGAAAGAGACACGCGAAGAGCAAUUCCUUAUGCCUGCACUUUAAUUAAUUUAGAAAAACUAAGAAAAAAGUUAGAAACGAUAAAAAAUAUCUUUCCAAAUAUAAAUCCUACUGAUAAUGUUCCAGAAGAAUUUUAUGAAAAACUAAUGAAUGUAGUAGAACUAUUUGUAGGUCAAUAUGAUAGAAAGAGAUUAAUAUUAAUUUCUCAUAACGGUAGUGGAUUCGACAACUGGAUCGUGCUUAAAAAUGCAAAAAAACUAACGCAUUGCCCUUUAAAAACACCCAGAGGAAUUAUAUCUUUUCCUUUAUCUAAUCCAUACACGGAUGAAGAUUUACAGAAAAAAUGGAAAAGACAGAAAGAAAUAAAGGGUAAUUAUUUACAACAUAUUAAUUUCACGUGUUCCUAUCAACACGAAUCCUCUAGUUUGGCUGCAUGGGGAAAUUCUUCCAAUCUUUCCGCGAAUUUGAGAAAGAUUGCCGACGUAGAUAUCGCUAAAUACACGCGAGACAACUGGGAGGAAUUGAGACACGAAUGGGAACCUUACGCCAAGAGAGACGAACCUUACGCAAAGAGAGACACUCUCUGUUUGGGAGCUUGUUUGAUAAAAUACAACCAAGUCACGAAAGAAGUUGUAAACCAGAAUAUGUCCAAUAAUCUAACGGCUCCAUCUUUAUCUUUAAAGGGUUGGUAUUAUUUAUAUCAUUACGAUAAAGAAAUGGUGGAAGAAGAAUGGUAUGAAACUACUAGAAUGGUUGCGAAACAUACCGAAAAAGAAAACGUAGAAAAAGUUUAUUCGCACACUAAUCCUUUUAUAAGAAAUUUUAUCAGACGAUCUAUUAAAGGAGGAAGAGUUUCGGCAAAUAGAAAAUCAUUUGAAACGAACAAAAUGGAUGAAAUUUGUAACGUAUUAAAGGAAUAUAUUUCACAAAGUGAAACACGAAGCGACACAGAAAGUAAUAACAUAAUUGAUUUAUUCAAAGAAUACAGUGCAAGCACAAAAGACAAAACGGAGGUUCAUUCGAGACUUAAAAAAAUAGAAUGUACUAAACUAAUGGCAUUUGAUGCUAACGGUUUAUACGCUUCCGCCAUGUCGGAUUUAGACAGUGAAUAUCCGAGAGCGGAAAGUGGAAGACCGUUUCUACCAGAAGAAGAAAAAGAAUUUGUAAAACUCUUCAAUAAACAAAAAUUCAGACCUAGAACAGCUAUUUUAACAGUGUGGUUUGACUAUCCCAAAAACAUGUUCUUCCAACCGAUACCAGCUAAAGAUAAAAUCACUUUCACGAAUAAAGAAGGUAAAAAGGAAACUGGCACUAAAAUCAGGUUCAGAAAUGCUUUUUGUCACGACGUUUUAACAUCGGUCGAUAUUCAAGAAAUAGUGAAAGCCGAUGGACGAAUAAUUAGAAUAUUAGAUGGUAUAGUUUAA